AUGCCGUCGAGGCAUCGUGACUACAAAAAAGUCCAAAAUCGUUCAUUCGAGACCACCAGCUCUGACAGUGAAGACUCCAACAGUUUCAAGAGGGUUCAACCAGAGGAAUGGUUCAAUAAGAAAAGACCAUUUGAUUCAGAUUCAGAUCAUCAAGUACAAAUGGUAACAAAGAGAAAGAACACACCACCACCACCUCCACCACCUCCAUUACAUCAAGGUUCAAAGAGAAACAUCACAACAAAGAAGACAAAAGAUCUCAACAUGGAUGUGCCAAAGCAAGUUCAAGCAGCAAUUGAAAGAGCAAAAAUCAAAAGACCACAAGAUUUUGCACACAAUGGUCCGAUCCAAUAUGAAGAAGGUGUAUCAAUUGAAAAGGAGAGAGUGAUCAAUGGUUUCAAAAUGUCAAUUCAAAACCUCAACACAGAAGCUCUCUCCUUCUUCUAUGAUCUCCAAGCCAUUCACUUUGUCAAAGGUUACUCAGUUGAUGCAAUGGUUGAAAUCAUUAGAAAUUUCUUCAACAAUGAAGAGAAGAAACAACUAGUUUCAGUUAUAAAAGAAGAUUUGUACAGAAGGAAAGAACAGGAAUUACAGGAUUACAUUCAAAAUGAGUACCCGAAGUACAAUUACAAGCUUACAGGUUGUGAUCUUCAGCACACAGUUAAUGAGCUCUCAGAUGUAUAUCUUUUAAGCCUUCAAAGUGUCAUUGAAAUAGAAACUCGUGAAACAAUCACAAAGUUCAAACCAGAAAAUUCCAUUGAAGCGCUCACAGAAGAAUUCAUUAUUUCAAUUAUUUCCUGGUACAAGUACAACACAACUUCAUGGAUGCAAGAUCUUUACAGAGUCUUUCCUGGUGCCAUUAUCCAAUUCACCAAACGUGAACUCCUCAUCGAACUCAAAUCAGAUUGGCUCUGGGCAGCUCAGCUCGUAGUUGCUUACAACAAAAUUCGUGAAUAUGACGAAGAUUGCAACAAACAAUGUCAAAAGACAUUACAGGAAUACGAGAUCAAAAGGUUUGAAGAUCCAAGUGAUCUGACAUUUGGACAAGAAGUCUUUUACAUUGAUGAUGAUGAAUACUCAGUUCAUAAUGGAAUCUUAUCAUCAUUUGAUAACCUCUACACAAUUCAUCACUCCCUCUUCUAUGAAGUAUUCAAGACAAACAAUUGGAAAAUCAUUCUUCCAGCAAAUGACAUCCAGAACAAAUCCAUCUGGAUCAGACAAGAGAAACUCCGUGAAGCAAGAAGAAGGAAGUAUGAACGUGCACGUCUCUCACUCAUUGAAGAAGAAAAGAAAGAAGAAAUGGAUAAAUAA